AUGCUCCCAAUUCCCACACCCCUAAAUAGUGGUAUUAUAUCUGCUGGUGUAGCUGUUGGAGGUAUGGAAGGGGGGAAGGAGUUACCUAUUAAUGUGCAGGCUGGGGUAAACACAGGGAGGGGGGAUAUGAAUGUUUCUAAAAACAUGGAUGACACUAUUUCUGUUACUAAACAAACUGGUUCUCAAAUUGAUCUUGAUACUGAAGGAUUUAAUAAUAAAUCUGGAAGUAGGAUGAGUAAAAAGAAAAGAGAUAAUAUUAAAAAGAAACAACAGAAUUUAAGUGAAAUAGAAAAAAAUAAGAAUAUUGCUCAUGAUGAUUAUGAGGCUAUUAAUUCUGAGGAUGAGUGGGAUCCUGAUAAUCAGUCUAUGUAUGAUUCUGAGGAUGAUGAGCCUGGUAUUGAUAAUCCUCAGGGUACAGACUUAGUUCCAAAAAGCCAGAAUGUUUGGUCUCAAGAACUUCAAGAUAUAACUGAGAAGAGUAUUAACACCAAAAGCUCUCUAGAAAGAAUUCAAACUUUGAGGAAGCUUCAUCAUCUUUCUUUGAUAGUUAUUCUGGAGCCUUUUGCAAAUAAUAACCAGCUUAACAUUGUGAGGAUGCAAUUGCAAAUGGAUCAUGCAAUUAGCAAUUCUAAUGGUAAAAUUUGGUUGUUGUGGUCUAAGGAGCUUACUGUCAAAAUUCUUGAAAUCCAUGAUCAACAUAUUACAGGGGAAUUUGAAUUGGCACAUCUUCAUGAGAAAUUUUUGAUGUCCUGUAUUUAUGCUGAAUGUAAAGAACAUUUGAGGAGACCUUUGUGGGAUAGAUUAAUGUAUUUUUCUAAUUUGGAUAUGCCUUGGUGUACUAUUGGUGACUUUAAUGUCAUCACUUCUAUAGAGGAGAAGAUAGGGGGUAUUCCUUAUAACAUUAAUAAGAGCUUUGCAUUUAUUAGUGUUAUAGAGGCUUGUGGAUUAACUGACUUAGGUUACAAUGGGAUUCCUUUUACUUGGUGUAAUCAAAAGGAUGCUAAUGCAAGGGUGUGGAAGAGGCUGGAUAGAGCUAUCGUUAAUGAUAAAUGGCUUGAAAACAUGCCUCAAACUACUAUUGAACAUUUAUCUGCUGUGGGUUCUGAUCAUAGUCCACUUUUGAUGGAAAUUGUUAAGAAAGAAGAUAAGCAUAUCAAAUAUUUUAAUUUCUUAAACUGUUGGGUAGAUAAUCCAUGUUUUAUGGAUACUGUCCAAAAAUGUUGGGAGCUUAAGGUUAAUGGCAAUCCUUUUUGGCAAUUACACCAAAAAUUGAAGAGGCUGAGUUCUUCUCUUAGUGUUUGGUCAAAGAAUGAAUAUGAGGAUAUUUUUGCUAAAGUCAGAGUAUUUGAGGAUCUUAUUAAGAAGGCAGAGGAGGAAUUUCUUAUUCAUAAAACUGAUAUCAAUAGGCAGGAUUUACAGAGAUUAAUGCUGAGCGAUGAUCAGAUUGCAAAAGCUGCUUGUGAAUAUUAUCACAAUAUAUUUACUGGUCAGACUAGUAGAGUGGUUGAAUGGAAUUUUCAUCAUAUUCCUAAGUUAAUUACUUCUGAGCAAAAUCAAAUGCUUCAUGAUAUGCCUACUAUGGAUGAGUUAAAACAGGUUAUUUUUGCCAUGAAUCCCAAUUCAGCUCCUGGUCCUGAUGGUAUUGGGGGGAAAUUUUAUCAAGCUUGUUGGAAUAUCAUUAAAAAUGAUUUAUUAGCUGCAGUCCAAUAUUUCUUUUGUGGUCAUGUUAUGCCUAAAUAUAUGUCUCAUGCUUGCUUGGUUUUAAUUCCUAAAAUUGUUCAGCCUAAUAGAUUCACUGAUCUUAGACCUAUUAGUUUAAGCAAUUUUACUAAUAAAAUUAUCUCUAAGCUUUUAAGCAUGAGACUGGCAAAGAUCCUUCCUUCUUUAAUCUCUGAUAAUCAAUUAGGUUUUGUAAAAGGAAGAUGUAUUACUGAGAAUAUUAUGCUUGCACAGGAAAUCAUUCAUGAAAUUAAGAAACCUCAGUUAGGUAAUAAUGCUGCUAUUAAAUUGGAUAUGACAAGGCUUAUGAUAGAGUGUCUUGGUCAUAUACCUGUAUAG